AUGGCGAACCUGGUGGAUUGUUUCCGGGCCUACACUUUGGCCUCGUUUGCUGCUGUUGCUGUUUUGCUGCUGCACACUUGGCUGCGCUGCGACGAAUUCUACGCAGCAAUUGCCAAACUCACCACCAGCAAACUCGCACUCGCUGUGGAGUACAACUGCUGCGUGGUUUUGUUUCUCUUGGGAGUAAAACUUUUGCUGCAUCUUCUCGUCGGCAGACUCCGCGGCCUCGAAGUCGAGCAAAUGGCCGUGGCGAAAAGUGAAGAAAUGGCAUUUCGCAGGCCGAAAAAAGCAGCAAAUUCGCGAGAUUUAAAAGCAGAAGAAACGGACAAAUGA